GUGAGCAGCGGUGUGCACAGGUGUGUCUCUGCUCCCAGCCCCUGGGGGUGAGGGAGGGGGUGGUGGGGCGGCUAGAGCAGGGUCAGACCUUGAAAGCCCCAGCGCAGUGCCUGACCCACCCAAUGACUCGGAUGGGUCUGCUGAAAGAAGAAACUAGCAGUGGACCGGACAGCAGAGAGCAGUCACUGCAGGGCGGCCAGCCAGCACCCCAGGGACGGCGCAAACCAGACGGCCGGUGGCCCGAGGCUGGGACCGGCCCGACCCCUCCCUCUCCCGCCCGCGGCCCUGCCUCCCAACUCCCUACUUCGUGUGUGUGCACACAGUGAGCGACCACUCUCCUUGCCUCUCCGUCGCCCAGUGUCUCCGUGCUGUGUCCUGGGUCCUCCACUUCCCAGAGUCCUCCCCUUCAUCUUAGGGGACCUAGCCAAACCAGGGGAGGACUGGAUCCCAACGGGUGCAGCAACCGACCAGGUGAGCCCUGAAAGGUGGGGCGGGGCAGGGGCGCUCGGGCCCCACCCCGGGAUCCGGUGACGCCGGGGCUGGAAUUUGACACCGGACGGCGGCAGGCAUGAGGCUGCUGAGGGAUGGAGUUGGGCCCGGCCCCCAGACACGGCCCACGGGCUCCGCCAGCAGCAGGUCCCUCGGGCCCAAGUCCUUGUUGCAUCCAGACCCAGAGCCCUGCACCCGAGGGCACAGACCGGCUGCCAAGGCCACACUUUUGGCAAAAAGAAGCGCUGCCAGGUGCACAGCCCUGGGCAUGAGCCUUGUGAGCUGCGGGGGAGAGUCCAGCCCUGGCCCCGAGGAAGGUGCCUAGAAGAACACGGCGCAGGCCCCCCGUGAGAUGGAGCCUGGACGUGGAGGCCCUUCUGUGCUGCCCCGCUGGCCCCUGCCUAGGCGGCAGCCUGCCCUGUGGCCAACCCUGGCUACUCUGGUUCUGCUGAGCAGUGUCGCUGAGGCCUCUCUGGGGAUCGCACCCCGCAGCCCCGCCACCCGUGAAGGCCCCGCACCAGCCCCGGCGCCCCCUGUGAGCCACCUGCCAGGUGGCCGCUCGUUCCGUUCCUGCAGCGGAAGAGCCCGGCGACCAGCCCCUCAACAUCCCCGGCCAGCGCCCCCUCCAUCCGCACCCUCGCCGGCUCCCUCCCGCGGGGGCCGCGCAGCGCGGGCUUGGGGCCGAAGUGGCAGUGUGCGGGCCUUGGGGUCGCGGGGCUGCCGCCUGCGCUCGCAGUUGGUGCCUGUGCGCGCGCUGGGCCUGGGCCACAGCUCCGACGAACUAGUGCAUUUCCGCUUCUGCAGCGGCUCUUGCCGCAGGGAGCGCUCCGCGCACGACCUCAGCCUGGCCAGGCUGCUGGGCGCUGGGGCCUUACAGUCGCUCCCAGGCUCGCAGCCGGUCAGCCAGCCCUGCUGCCGACCCACACGCUAUGAGGCUGUCUCCUUCAUGGAUGUCAACAGCACCUGGAGGACUGUGGACCAGCUCUCAGCCACUGCCUGUGGCUGCCUGGGCUGAAAACUCUCUCCAGAUGGUACCCUUACUCGGGAAUUUUCCUGCCUGGAAGGGGCCAGGAGCCUCAACCAGAGAUGGACAUCACAGGCCUCAGCUGGGCAAGUGAUGGGCAUCAGCCCUGGAAAGAUGGAGGGGUAACUGGCUGCAUUCCUCGCCCUGCGAGUCCCAGCCCUGCAGACCCCAGAGACCUGGCUAUGGAGACCCUGGGACCCAUCUCACAGACGCUGGCGCAGACCCGGCCCCAGACCCAGGACCCCUCCUCUGGAGAAGCCAGCAGUCUCUGAGCUCUCCGCCUCAGUCCAGGCCCUGGGGAGAGAACUGGAGGAGAAGCACUGCAAUCACAUUGCUGAAGUGAGCAGGCCUGGUACUCACUCCUGGGAACUGGACCCCUAUUUAUUAUUUCUAAGUUAUUUAUUUA